CAGGGGCGGACUAACCAUUUGGAAACUCGGCGCUGCCCGAGGGCCCGGGAUCAGUAGGGGGCCCCAUGAGAUGCCCCUGGUACCUUUUUCAUAGGCUUUUUUGAGUUUGGGCAAGGACACAGGGGCCCCAUGAGUUGUCAGUCCGCCCCUGGUCUGAGGUGUGAAUUGGUCAUUACAAAUGCCACCUCAUCAGUGCUGCCUUAUCAGUGCCCAUCAAUGCAGCUUAUCAGUGCCCAUCAAUGCAGCCUAAUCAACGCACAU